AUGGCUACACUGACAAAGAUAAAGACUAGAAGAAGCUCUAGUCGGCUGGAAGAAGUACAUGAAUCAUUCAAAAUCAACACUACCACUUCUUCCUACAACCUACAGGACACAGAGGACCAUGAUUACAGCAGCACCAAAGGUUCUUCAACCGGAGAAGAAGCUACACAAGAUGACGAUUACCACGGAUCACUCUGGGCAAAAGUUGAAAGAAACCAGAUCCCAUUGUCCCGAAACUUGAUGAUCUUACUAUACAGUUUAAACUGGUUGAGCACCGACCCUAGAAUCACCAACUUCACCAGAAAAUUCUUACAUUUGCAAAAUCAAGUUGGUUACAACCUGGAGGGCAACCCCAUUUAUGAUAUCCACAUUGAUGAUAUCUACUUUGUUACCAAUUGGGUCAUUACGGUCACUUUUCUUCGAUCGUUUUUGAUGAAGUAUUGCUUUGGUCCAUUUGCUGCUAAAUUUUGUCAUAUUUAUUCGCGUAAAGCCAAGAUAAGAUUUGCUGAACAGAGUUGGUCAUGGGUUUACUAUAGUAUUUCAUUCAUAUACGGGGUUUUCUUGUAUUUGGAUGCUCCUUACUACAACAACUUGGACCAAAUUUACAUCAAUUGGCCGAACUUCUUGAUGGAUGCGAGAUUCAAGAGUUAUUACUUGAUCUCAAUGGCUUUCUGGUUGCAACAGAUUUUCGUCUUGCAUGUUGAAAAACCAAGAAAAGAUCAUUAUCAAAUGUUUAGCCAUCAUAUCAUCACUUGUUGUUUGAUUAUUGGGUCGUACUACUAUUACUUCUUUAGAAUUGGUCACUUGAUUUUGAUGAUUAUGGAUUCGGUUGAUAUCUGUUUAGCAGCUGCCAAAAUGUUGAAAUAUGCAGGUAGAUUGGUUGCUUGUGAUGCCAUGUUUGUGGUGUUUUUGGUUAGCUGGAUUGGAUUGAGGCACGGAGCUUACAAUUACAUCUUUUACCAUGCUUGGCAUAAAUCAGUGCAUUUGAUGCAAGAUGGUCAAUGCAUGGUUGGAAAUGAUCAGAAAAGAUGUUGGACUCCAACGGUUAUCAAUACCUUUUUGGGGUUGUUGGGUGGAUUGCAAAUUAUUACGUGCAUCUGGAUGUAUUUGAUUUCAAAAGUUGCUUAUAAAGUUAUCAUCGGUGUUGGUGCUGAGGAUGUUCGCAGUGAUGAGGAUGAUACAGAUUUUGAGAACAAUGAGGAGGAAAAAGUGCAAGGAGAAGGAGUUGAGGAAAAGGAGUUUCAAGAGAUUGACGAGGUGGAAGUUUACCAUGAUGAUGUUGAUGGCAAUGGCAAUGGCAAUGUCAAUGGCGAAACUAAUGACAAGUCUGAUAUUAUUACAGAAGUUGACAAUGAUGCUAUCAGACAUGGCGAAAGAUAUGACUAA